AUGUCGCUGAAGGAUCAGUUGCUAAGAUUGAAGAAAUGCAGAAGGGCACUCCACAGCGGAGAAAGGAAGAGAGUGCAAUUUGGAGACACCGAGGACAUGGACGACGAAACGAUUCUUGAGCUCAUUCCGUUCCGGACACCAUACACAAGAACCAAGAGCCUGCUUUUUGACCGGCAGAAGCAAACGGAGGAAGAGGAAAGAAGGUUUAACAGGAAGUUUUCGGGGUUUUUGAAAGAGUUGGUGAGGUAUGGCGAGACAAAAGACAUAGAAUAUCUGCUCGACUAUCUCGUUAGGAGGUACUCCUGCGAUACUUUUAACCCAAAGGAAAUGAUUUUCGCUCUUCUCCCAUUCAAGCAGUACUACAGGCAAGUUCUACAUAUAAGUGGGAAGUCCGAUUUCAACUACUUUACCGUGCAGCCGACCUACUCGUACCAAUUUAUCGGGAAUCUCUGCUUGAAAGAGAAAUACUUUUUCGACUUCUUUGUGGAGUAUUUCAAGCAUUUCAGAUACAUUCGCGGAUUCUGCCUUAGCGUGUUAGGAUACAUAGUUUCCGGACUCAGAAACACAGACAAAGACUUUUCGAUGCAGCUCUUCGAGAUAUUAUCUCAUCUUGUUAGGUCGGGAGAGAACAGUACGGCAUCUGACCUAUUUUUUGAGAUAAGAGAUUAUGUGGAGGAGGCUCUCGAUGAGUUUGUUGGAUUGCUAGCACCUUACUUCAACAAGGAGUACUUGAUGUCGAGAAAACCUGAGAAGAUGGAGCAUAAGGCGGCUAUUCCGCACGAGGAAGUAGCGUUUUUCAGUAGCAUAUACAGCAGUGGAAAGGAUAGAGAGAUUUUGGGGGACUGCAGUAGAUACAAAAGUUAUGUGGUAUGGCUCCACAGGGAAGGAUUGGCCCUUCGAUCUAUCAGCGAGCAUGAGUUCAGGGCUCUGAAAGUUUUGUGUGGAGUUGAGAAGAAGGAUAUUGAGGGAGAGGCUUCUGACUAUUCCGAGCUGCUUAAAGACCUGAAAGACAGGAAAAAGCUUGUUGAAUUGCUAGCCCGGAGAUUUCCAAGGGACAUUUCUGUGCUUAUCCCACACAUGGGAGAUGACGACAAGGCACAUGUGUCUGGGCUGUUCCCAGGGCUGUGGAGAAGCUUGAUAACUGAGGACAAUCAUGCCAUGCUUAUCAUGAACAUGCCGAGAGGAGCUGUGAAAGAGGACUUGAUUGACAUCAUGGCGACUUGCCUGAAGUAUGUGAAAUACGAUGCAUCCGUAUUUGUGGAAUAUUUAGAUAACGAGAUGCUUCUGGCGCUGAUGGAACAGUGCUCAGAGGAUCUUUCUGUGUGGAAUAUCAUUGAGACAUCGAAGCUCAUGGGGACGGACCUGACUUCUGCCAUCAUUCAAAAGAGGCUUUACGCCAAUCCGGCGUACCUGAACUACCUUUCCGAAAAGCCAAGAGGUCUUGCAAUAGAGGUAAGCAAAAGAAUAUUUGAGAAAGUUGUUGAGUCUCCAGAGAAAAGAUGUUUGGACGCACUAUGCCGGUAUCUACAUCAGAUAAGCGAUCAGGAACUUGUGAAUGACAUUCUAGGAUGGCUUGUGGACAAAGCGUGGUUCUAUCCUGCCCUCUACUCUGGGUUAACUGCUCACUUGGAGUUGUUGAGCGAAAAGAACUGUGAGAGGAUUCUGGACCUAAGAGGAUUCUCGGAGAAAAACUAUUUUGUUGUUGACAGGCUGUACAGAUACAGAGAGAAUACAGUUGACGAGUGUCUUAUGGAAAAACAUUAUGGUGCCCUCCUGUUUUUGUGCAAAAGAUACGGGUUUUCUAAGGUUCUUGGAGACAGGAGGGACAAGUGCACAAUGGAUUUCAUUAGGGAUGCAUCGAAGCAAAGUCUGUCUCCGGAAGAAGCUGACGGAUUUGUCCAGUAUUCCUCUUCUCUUAUUGGAUCUGGAGAUGGUAGAGUAAUAGAGGCACUGCUCCAAGGUAAGUACAUCCCUCAUCUCAUCAAAUGCACCAUGCUAAAGGAAUGGAGUGCUGUAAAGAUCAUUAUCAUUGAGCUCAUUCUCCAGUACCCCCAGCACAGGCAACUCUGCUUUGACUAUUUUCUCAGCAACUAUCUUGACUUCAAAGACGAUUUUGAUCUCCUAGAGGUAGUUGCUGGGGAUGAGGUCGCCAUAGAUUAUGAGAAGCUUGUGGAAGUCUUCCGGGGCUCUGAAGGCUAUUUCAGAAGCAGACUUUCUGACAUCCUUCUGAAGAACUCUUCAUUCGACUCUUUGCGGUUUGUACCCAUGAUUGUGCCAAGUAUGAUAGAAUACAAGAGAGAAUCCAUUGGAAUACUCUUUGAGAAGCAUAAGGACAUUAUGGGUCCUUACGUUAAAGACGUUCUUCUGGGUUUCCCGGAAAUAGAAGACUGCAUGCUGGAGGUCAAUCCGAGGCAUCUCCUUAUAGGAUCUGUUGGGGCAUAUGCAGAUUCGCAGGAUGAGCAUCAUCUUGACUUCAUGUACAAGGUGCUCAGCAUCCCACAUGCAUCGGUCUCACUUCCUACACUCGAGAGGGUUGUGGAGUUCCUUAGAUCAAAUGUUUCAAGAGUGAAAGACAAGCUCCUCGCGAAAUUCUUCGAGGUUUAUCUGAAAGCACACCCUGAAGCAAGCGAAAAAGUUCAGACUCUUCUGAGAACCAUUUACGAAAGCAGAAGAAGCGCCUUCUUCGAGAUAUCUAAGGCAUCGCUCUCUUCCUGCUAUGGGAUCUUCAAGCCAUAUGUUAACAUCAUGGUCGACAUGAUCGAGGAAAAAGACAGGGAUGCAAUAGCAUUCAUGGCGGACUACCUAUACUGGGACCUGGAAUGUUAUGUUCCUCACAGAAAGCUAUUUGAAAUCCUCUUUGGAUUUUAUUGCAAUGAGCCAGACGUCCUAUAUGCGAGAUGUAUCGGUAGCAUCCUCAGACACUGCCCAGCUGAAAUUGAAGACGCCAAUGAUCUGAUACUUAGUCACAUGAGGGGAGACAGGGUUGUUGUGAUUCUAGAGCUACUUCAGGUGUUGUAUCAAAAGGUCUAUCACUUCAAAAAAUGUCUUGUCAAAAGCUCUCCAUACUUUGCACUGGUUGUGGACAGCACAAGGAAGGACAUCUCAAGUGCUGCUAGGAAGCUACUUAGCAUAAUUGAGAGGAAGCACAACAAAAGUGGGUACCAAGUGCUCCAGCUGUAG